ACGCAGCGGACCCAGUGACACCGCCACAGAAGUGACACACGGUGUUGUUGUCUUCCUGGCUGUUCUCGGCUCGGACCGCAGGCCGCGCCGGGGUUGCGCGCGACGCUCGGACCCAUGUUGGUGCCCGCGGACGCCGCGUGCUGACGCUCUGUGUGUGUGAGUGUGACACCACCGCGACUGACUCUGUCCACGCUGUUCUGACGGGCGGGCCGACAACAUCAUCAUCAUGUCUUCGGGCGAGUCGUAGCCGUAGCCGUUUCCGUCCCGGCUCUGACUGUGUCAGCGAGCGAGCGAGCGAGCGAGUGACUGUGUGUGUGUGUGUGUGUGUGAGAAAGAGGGAGUCAGCGUGUGUGCGAGCGAGUGGCUGCUCGCCGACGACGCCGGGCCGCCCGCCCGCCCAGGCUCUGAGGCUCUGAGGCUCCCUCCCGGGGGUUUCCUCCCUCCGGGGGCUUCCCUCCGCCGCACCAUGAACUGGAUCUUCCCGCUGUCGAAGGGCUCCGCGGCCCUGCCGCCCCUCACCAGCCUGCAGCAGCAGCGCCAGCGGCAGAUCGAGUCCCUGAAGGCCGCUCACCCCACAAUUGCGGAGAUCCAGAAGGACGUGGAGUACAGGGUCCCGUUCACGGUCAACAACACGACCAUCAGCGUGAACAUCCUCCUGCCGCCGCAGUUUCCGCAGGAGAAGCCCGUGGUGAGCGUGUACCCCCCCGUGGGCCAUCACCUGGUCGACAGUACCAACGGCACUAUGGUCACGAGCCCCCUCGUCACCAACUUUGCGAUGCACUCGGAUUUGGGCAAAACCGUACAGAGCAUCCUGGAUGAGUUCUGGAAGAGUCCGCCCGCCGUCAUCCCGGGACCCCCUAGCUUCCCCUUCCCCACCCACGUGAGCAGUAUGUACAAGGCAUCGGGAAUAGCCGCCUACACGGCCCCCCCGGGUUUCCAUUUCCUCCCCGCGUUCCCGCCCCAAGAGGGCACUCGUCCCGUGGGCCCCGCACCCUUGCCCCACCCUGGGACGGAACCCCACGCCACCCCCCGGGCCGCGGCACCUGCUUACGGCCUCAUCACGGACCUGCCGCUGCCCGUGCCCACCGCCGACUCCCAGGCAGGGCUCAAUGGUCACUUGUACAAGAUGCCGGAAAUUCCCGACACCUUUCCAGAGCUUUCUGAAAUGAGUAUUUCUCAGCUGAAGGACUUGAACGAGCAGGACCCCCCCAUGCUGGACUUCUUCAUGUGUCUGCCCCAGCUCAAGCAGGUGUGUUCGGACAAAGAGGAGCUGGUCGGCAGCAUCGUGGACAUGGCCAAAAGGAACCUGCUCCUUGAACCCCAGCUAGAAGGGAAGAGGCAGGAGAUGCUGUUCAAAUACGAGCAGCUCACCCAGAUGAAGUCCGCCUUCGAGACAAAGAUGCAGCGGCAGCACGAACUGGCUGAGAGCUGCAGUCUGAGCGCCCUGCAGGCCCGGCUGAAGGUGGCAGCCCACCAGGCUGAGGAAGAGUCGGAGAAAACGGCCGAGGACUUCCUGAACGGCAAGAGCGAGAUCGACAACUUCCUCACCAGCUUCAUGGAGAAGAGGACGCUCUGUCACUGUAGGCGGGCGAAGGAAGAGAAGCUUCAGCAGGCCAUCAACACCCAUGGGCCAUAUCACACUUCACAUUAGGCUGUUACAUCUCUACUUUUAUAAGAGAUGACAUCCAGAGGAGACACACAAACUGAUGCAAGGAAGCUCUUUGCAAUUGUUUCAGAAUUAGAAAUUUUUCAGAAGAUGUUUUCAGAUGAGUGUUCGAGGGAGAUGACUUAAUUUACUUGAAUUCAAUCUGAGUGUUUGCGCAAUGCCUCCCUACCCCAAAUACUGUAUUUAAGUAAUGUUAAUAGGCUUUAUUAUAAUCAGAGACAAUGUAUUAUAUGUUAUUUAAUUUGUUAGGUAAUAAACAUUAACACUGUUGGUUCAGUGAA